AAUAGUGCACACUGGGGUAACAAAUUACAAGGUAGAAGAGUGAAGCGGAAACUUUUACGACAAUGGGUUGUUCGCGAAACUUUCCUCGAGUUGGACUAAGCGACACAUAUUAUGUGGAUUUCUGGUUGGCUGUACUCGCCGAGUACCUGGCAAGUUUCUUUUUCAUGUUUGCAGUUUCGGGUUCUGCCUUGAGAUGGGAAGGUGCGCCGACUAUUUUUCAACAAGCUCUUGCCGCUGGGCUUGUAACAGCCUCCAUGAUUCAGGCUUUCAGAUCUGUGAGCUUGCCGCUUGUGCAUGCAAAUCCAGUUGUGUCGCUUGCUGCUUUCAUAACCGGGGAUGCUGGUUUAAUACGAAUGGCGUGUUCUCUUAUAGCGCAGUUUUUUGGAGCUAUAACUGGCACUGGCGUCGUGAUGGCAAUAAGCCCUCAACACGCCCGAGGGAAGCUUGGGGUGACUAUGCCAGGAAAAGAAGUGAGUGGUUUCCAGGCUUUCGGCGUGGAGUUGGUUCUGACAUCACUUCUAGUACUUACCAUGCUGGCUUCCAUCGAUGCCAAUAAACAAGCAGCUCGCAGGGAUUAUGGGACUGCUGCUGCCAUGGGCGUGGUCGUUACGGGCUGUUAUCUCAUUGCGCUACCGCUGACCGGCUGCGGAUUAAAUCCCGCAAGAUCCUUGGCACCUGCUGUUUUCACAAGCACUUGGGAACACCACUGGUUACGAACGUAA